UACUCACCAAGAAUUCGUAGACCUUCUUCUGAAUUCUCCCCCACAACGACCUCCACCCAGAAGCCCAGAGCGACCACCCGACACCGUGCGUUUGAUCUAGCAGUCACUUUGCUUAAUUUAUUCCGUAGGAAAAAUAUGAGACGGAGGCUGGCCGGAAGCUCUUCAUCAAAACCCGAAGCAUCCGCUGCUGAUGAUGAAGAUGUUCAAGCCAGUGUUAGUGUGGAGAACCGCCCUCGGGGGUCAACGGUUGUGUGGCUGACCUUGUUCUUGCUGAUUAUUUAUUGCUCUUGGGCGGUUUAUCACUACCAGUUCGAGAACUUGCCUCUUCCUCUCACUACUGAGCAGGCCGGCAAAAGAGGCUUCUCUGAGGUCGAAGCCUUGAAGCAUGUCAAGGCCUUGACUCAAUUAGGUCCUCAUCCCGUCGGUUCCGAUGCUCUUGACCUCGCUUUGCAGUACGUUUUGAAAGCUUCGGAGAAAAUUAAGGAAACGGCUCACUGGGAGGUCGAUGUGCAAGUGGAGGUUUUUUAUUCGAACCACGGUGCAAAUCGUCUGGUCAGUGGCCUGUUUAAGGGGAAAACUCUUGUUCAUUCGGAUCUAAAUCACAUCGUUUUAAGAAUCUUGCCAAAAUAUGUAUCUGAAGCAGGAGAAAAUGCUAUAUUGGUCUCUUCUCACAUUGAUACCGUUUUCUCGACGGAAGGAGCUGGAGAUUGCAGUUCAUGUGUAGCAGUCAUGUUGGAACUUGCUAGAGGGAUUUCUCAGUGGGCUGGAUUUAGGCAAGCUAUUAUAUUUUUAUUUAACACUGGGGAGGAGGAUGGUCUAAAUGGUGCUCAUAGCUUUAUAACUCAGCAUCCCUGGAAUGAAACUAUUCGUGUGGCUAUUGAUUUGGAGGCCAUGGGUAUUGGAGGGAAGUCUGGCAUAUUUCAGGCCGGUCCUCAUCCGUGGGCUAUUGAAAACUUUGCCUAUGUAGCAAAAUACCCAUCUGGCCAAAUCAUUGCACAGGAUCUUUUUUCUUCUGGAGCCAUAAAAUCUUCAACAGAUUUCCAAAUAUACAAAGAGGUUGCUGGACUUUCGGGUCUUGAUUUUGCAUACUCGGAUAACACUGCAGUAUACCACACUAAGAAUGACAAGUUAGAGCUUCUUAAAUCAGGGUCUCUUCAACAUCUUGGAGAAAAUAUGCUUUCCUUUCUAAUCCACAUUGCUGCAUCCUCUCAUAUUCCGAAAGGCAAUGCAUUGGAUGAAGAAGAAAAUGCAGGCCAGAAUGCUGCCAUAUUCUUUGACAUUUUGGGGACAUAUAUGAUUGUAUACCACCAACGUUUCGCAAAUAUGCUUCACAAUUCAGUGAUAAUGCAAUCGCUUCUUAUUUGGGCUACAUCAUUGCUUAUGGGAGGUUACCCUGCCAUGGUUUCACUGGUCUUGUCAUGUUUGAGUGUUCUUCUUAUGUGGAUAUUCGCAUUAGCCUUCUCUGUUCUUGUUGCCUUUAUUUUGCCCCUAGUAUCUUCAUCGCCAGUGCCCUACAUUGCAAGCCCAUGGUUGGUGAUUGGGUUAUUUGCUGCACCUGCUCUUCUUGGGGCACUGACUGGUCAACACUUGGGUAAUCAUUUUCUUCAAAUAUAUUUGUCCAAUUUGUAUUCCAAGAGAAAGCUGCUGUCACCUGCUAUUCAAGCUGAUUUGAUCAAGUUCGAGGCUGAAAGAUGGCUUUAUAAAGCUGGAUCUGUUCAGUGGCUCAUUCUUCUCAUAAUUGGAACCUAUUAUAAAAUUGGUUCAUCUUAUUUGGCUCUUGUUUGGCUGGUGCCACCAUCAUUUGCAUAUGGCUUGCUUGAAGCUACUCUUAGCCCAGCCCGUUUACCAAAACCACUCAAGCUUGCAACACUGCUUAUGGGCUUAGCUGUACCAAUUUUAAUUUCUGCUGGCAUUUUUAUCCAGUUGGCUGGCACGAUGAUUGGGACUGCAGUUCGAUUUGAUAGGAAUCCUGGUAGCACUCCAGAGUGGCUAGGCAAUGUGAUAGUUGCUGUUUUUAUUGCUGUUGUCACGUGCCUGACUUUGGUGUACCUCCUUUCAUAUGUUCAUCUUUCAGGUGCAAAAAGAUCAAUUUUCAUUUCCACUUGCCUACUGUUUGGCCUCUCAUUAGCCGUCAUUGCAUCGGGUAUUGUUCCACCGUUUACUGAAGAUGCUGCCAGAGCAGUAAAUGUUGUGCACGUUGUAGAUACAACGGGAGAUUUGAGGGGAGAAGAUACUAGCUCAUACAUCUCUCUGUUUUCUGUAACUCCUGGAAAGUUGAACAAGGAGGUGGAACAUAUUAAGGAAGGUUUCAAAUGUGGUAGAGAUAAAGUUAUCGAUUUUGUAACUUUUUCAGUCAAAUACGGUUGUUGGACAAAUGAUGACACUGAAGGUGGGUGGAGCGAAUCAGAGAUUCCCAUGCUUCAUGUCGAUAGUGAUACCAAGAAGAGUAAAAGAAUCACACAAGUUUCAGUUGAUACAAAAGGUUCAAUACGCUGGGCUCUUGCAAUCAAUUUGGAGCAAAUAGAAGAUUUUAAGUUCAAAGCUAGCUUACCCAAUGUUGAGGAAUUGGUUCCACUUGGUGGCAAGAGCAGUGUGGAUGGAUGGCACAUAAUUCAAUUUUCGGGAGGGAAGAGUGCACCUACUAUAUUUGAUCUAACUCUUUUAUGGAAGAAAAAUGUUACAGGAUCCGGUGACAAGGUGGAAGAGGGGAGAGGGGAUGAGCGACCCCUUUUGAAGCUGAGAACCGAUGUGGACAGAUUAACAUCAAAAACUGAGAGAAUUCUUAAAAAGUUUCCUCCUUGGUGUUCCCUGUUUGGCAAGUCCACGUCUCCGCACACCUUGGCUUUUCUAACUAGUCUUCCCAUUAAUGUCUAAGGACCUAAAUUUCAUUCCCAGUGUUGCGUAUUGUAUUUCUACAAUUGAUUGAAACUAACAGUACAUACUACAGUUACAUCACACAGGACUGUAGUUCAGAUGAGAUGAGAUGUUUUGUUGAAAGUGGAAUAAAAUAUUAUUAGAAUAUAAUUUAUUAAUAUUAUUUUUA